UCUUGCCUGAUCCCAGUGCAGUUUGUUGCUGUUGCCUGAAGCGGUCACUGCUCUCUGUUUUCCUUCUAGAAGUUAGAAAAACAAUAUUUCAGAGCACUCUCCCUGUAUUCCUCGGCACUUUACUUAACCUGGGGCGGCGCCUCAGGAUCUCGUGGAGUGGAGAAACUUCCCUGGACUUAGAGAAAAACAAGCCGAGAGGAGGCAAGGGGGGAGCAUUUUGCUGGAAGCCUCUUUGGGAAGCUGGAGACCUUCUCGGGAUGCCUGCCUUAUUCUCCUCCAGCAGCUAUUCAGAUCUUCCCGGGCGAAGGCAGCUCCCUGCCACGACGCGUCUGCAUUAAGCGGGUCUGAGCGGCGGGCCAGGCGCUCUGGGGGACGCGGAGAGCAGCGGUGCCGUAAGGAGCAGCCCGGGAGCGCUUCUGGCUCUGCCCGUGUCCGAAAGGUCCCCGCAGAGCUGGGGGAUGCGGCACCUUGCUCUCGCUAUGCCCCUCUGCCGUCUAACGCUGGAGUUGGCUGUCAGAGAAACCUUCGAGGUCCCCUGCUCAGCCCCGGUAGUGUCAUGAGUUAGAUUAGUUGGAGCUGUGCUGGGGGCGGUGAGGGCUUGGAUUACAGUCCAGAACUCAAAGUGCUUCGGUGGUUCACGUCGGAGAGGAGAGGAGACGCCCCGUCGCACACAUGGAGGAAAAAGAGAAAAAACGCUGUCUUUGGAAGUAAGGGGGAAUAUAGGAGGCCGGGAACAUGGACUCGGAAUCACUGGACGGCUGCAUUCAGAGCACGUUAUCAGCACUCUACCCUCCAUUUGAGGCUACCGCAGCCACUGUUCUGUGCCAAGUUUUUGAUGUGGUGGAGAAGACGUACCGUGGGGAUGGACUGCACUACCUCAUAGACUUCCUGAUUCCAGCCAAGCACAUCCUGCAGUGCAUUCAGCAGGAUGCCUGUGCUCCGUACUGCGGAUUGCUGUUUCGCCAUGCGGGCUGGCCCCUGUGUAUUCAAGAGAAGAUUGUAAUCCAGCUAGCUUCCAUUGACUGGCAAAUCUUGAAGCCUGGUGACUUCUACCUGCAGGUGGUCCCCUCUGUGAAGAAGCCUCCACGAAUUGUAUUGAAAUGUUUGGCAAAAGAUAAGCGUAAUGUAGAAGAAGUGGUGAUUCCAGAAGUUUCAUAUACCUCUAUUUUUACUCUGGAAUGGUUGAGUACGUUCAAUGGAGAGCGGAUGGGCAUAGCACUGGAAAAUUGUUUACUAACCACUGAUGACAAAAUAUUUCGCGUCCCCUGGGAUAAAGUGGUUAAUCCGGAAUUUAUAAAUAAACCAAAAAAAAUUGAAAACAAUAUCAUCUCUCCAGAAAUAACAGAGGAACGCUCAAUUUUGUGCCUCCCCACAGACCGUACUGACUGCGGUUCACCAGACCUGAGGUCUCAGUAUCUACAGGAACUAAGCCCAAAUCGAGACAACCCUGUCAUUAGCAGCUCAGCUCCACAGUUAAAUGAAGCUCUGAUCAAUGGUGUCUGUACGAGUCCUGUGACUCAAGAAAACUUGGAAAGUGACCUUGAAGGAGAGUACGUUGAGCUGGCAGAAGUUUCACUGCCCAGAUUUGGGCCACAAACAGGAUCUUUAACACAGUCAUUGGCAUUAAGUUAUCUAACUCAGCCCAGGGCACGAGUGAAUGAGUCUAAAAGCAAGCACAGGUUUAUUGUCAUACAAGACAGCACCUACUCCAAGAACUUAAUUCAUUCGGCACUCAUGCAGAAAGAGCACUGUCAAAUGGACGCUCUGAGCACUCCUACAGAAGUUCUCAAAAAUGUUACUCCGUUGGAAGGCAACAUAGUGAUGGCACACGGAGAACUGUCCCCAGAAGGUCAGCUAAUACCAGCUGAUCCUGGAAGUAUGGGUGAUAACUUUCCUGUGGCUGAGCCUCCUGCUUGCUGCACAGAAGAUUCAUCUGCAGAGCGGGAGACUCACAGUGAGCACUCACUGGAUCGGCGAUACGCAGUGUGCAGCUACAGUGAUGUGUGUGCUGGAGAUGCUGUUAGCUGCAAGACAAGAGUGCCUGGUGCCCUUGGAAAUGUGGAACAAGAAAGUGAUGGACCUAGUGAAAAUGCUGGUGUUGAAACAUUGGAGCAGAGCCCAGAAGUGAUUCUAGAUGCUACUGCUGCUAAAGAGGAAGUGAUGCUGGGAGUACACACAGAACCACUGACUGAGGGUCAAAAGGAGGUGACACUGAUGGAUGCUUCUUCUGUACCUGUCCUAGGGCCUUUGGGACCAUGUUGCACACUAAAGGAAGCUUCUGAUGUCUCUUGCCAGGGUGUCAGUGGAAGUGUUGAGCCAGUUCAGGUCACUGCGUUGCCUGAGAAUUCAGAUGUAGGUGGGGAGAGAGGCUCUUCUUCAGGGAACAUGGCAGAUGUAAGCGCUUGCUGCAGCAAUAAUGAAGCAAAUAGCAGUUCUGCAUUAAGUCCUCCAGAAGAGAGCCAAGGAGAUGUAGAUGAAUUUGAGGGGGGAAGAAGGGACAGCCAAGAAGUGAAAGAGUCUAAAGAAAUGUUGACUGUAAAUGAAAAGCAGACUAGUCAUAGUCACUGUUCUGUCAAAGCUCCAGCGGAUGGAACCUUGUCAGAUGGUGAAGAGCAAGAGCAUAAAAAGGCUGAAGAAGCCAUACCACUCAAAACUGCCCAGUCAGCAGAGGAGAAUCAGAUGGCGGAACAAUUAAAUAAGAGUGACUUGUUGGCUCCCAGUGCACAAGAAGACGACUCAAGUCUGUUCAAAACCCAGAGGUCGGGAGGGGCGUUUGAGGAACCACAAAGACUGGUGGAAAACCAUGGCUGUGAAAGUGAAGAGAACUCUCUGCUGAACCUGGAGCAUGUUGCAAUACAGGACUUGCAGGGACAGGUGGAGAACCAGGAAAGUUGUUCUUACAGGGAAAGAUUGAAGACUACAGCCUCUAAAACACUGGAAUCCAUUGAAGAGGAAUUGGAGGGUGGACCACUGUCCUCAGAACCUGCUGAGGGACUUACAGAGCCUUCUACUCUGCACUCCCAGACAGAGGCAUCGUCGGGGGCAUCACCUCCUAAAGGGAUGAUGUCAGAAGAGACAGAGAUGAGAAAAGAGGCAACUGGCACAGGUGUGUUGAAACCAGUGAGUAAAAGCAGUGCCCUGGAGGAAACUUCACCUCCUGUUACUCCCCCGACAUCCCCAACUUCUGGAACUGCCUGGGGUGGUCAGUUUGCACCUACCAUGAUCAAAGAUGUGAACCCAGAAGUGCUUAGGAGUGGAGUUGCCUACCUGCCUGGUACGAGAGACAAAUCGGGACGUGCAGUGGCCAUAAUAACAACAAGGAGCACAGCCUGGUUAAACCCCCACUGCAAUACCACUGAGCUUGUGCGUCUACUUCUGUACUUGCACAGCAUCCCAAGACCAGAAUGUCACGCUUUGGGUCUGACUGUUCUUGUGGAUGCUCGUCGCUGUUCUCCCGUUCCUGCUCUCUUCAAGGCAUUCAGCACGUUGCAGGAGAUGGAUCCUCACUGUAUUCAUGGAGUCCUGCUUCUGGUUGAAAAAGAUCUGACUUUUCGGAUGGAGAAGCCACCAGCAGGACAGUUUGAACUUCUCACCUCCAUGAAAUCCCUCCAUAAGCACAUAGACAGCUCACAGCUGCCUCUAGAGCUGGAUGGGACCUUCCCGUACUGCCACCAGGAGUGGCUGAGCUUCCGCAGGAAGCUGGAAUACUUGCUACAACAAUGCCAGGGUGUGUGUGCCUUCCUUCAGGGAGCUAUUAAUAAAGUGGAAUCCACAAAAUUACCAGGAAAGGCUGAGGAUGCAGCUGUGCUGCUGAGGAAUUCAAGGCAGUUGAUGAAGAAUGUUCUUGAAGAUGCAAGUUUGGUCAAGGUGCAGCAGGAGGGUGGAGCGCUCCUCGCCAGACUGGGGAAGGAGGCGUCCUGUGUCACCCUUACCCAAGACUACAGAGAUGCACUCGAUGCUGCCAGCGUGCUUUAUAAUCAAGUUGAUGAGGGCGUUCACCGCCUGGUGAUGCUGUCAAACAAGCGCAUCCAGGAACUGGAGCUGGUGAUGGAGUUCGAGAAAGUGGAAGAGUGUUUUAAGGAGGUCAGCAGUUGGAUUGAGAAUGUUGGCAGAAAACGGCUAAAGGAAACUGUCAACCUGGAUGAUUCUUUGGAGAUGCUGCUUCAAGCACAAAAGCAGUUCAAGGAGUUUGAUCUUGUUGCCAGUGAAUAUUGCAAAAGGGGACAGGAAGCAUUAAAGAAGAUGAAUCAAUGGGAAGACCUUUCCUUUGUGGAUGUGCAUUCUUACAGGGUAAAGCUGCAGAGCUACGAAGAUGAGCUGGAGGAGUUCUGCACCCAGCUGGAUGAAACAAGGCACCGAGUCUGUGAAACAGUCAGGCUGUAUGAAUUCUUUGACAAGGCGUACGAGUGGGCCUUGGAAGGGAUGCGACACCUUGCCUGUAUCAGCAUGGAGGACUGCAGCUCUGCCGAGCACUGUGCAGAUGUGAUCAAGUGCCUGGAGAGUUACAAGGGGCAGCACCCGGACAUCAGUGCUGCCCGGUUCCAGGAGAUGAAGGAGCUGGCCUGUGAGCUGAAGAGUGACAAGGGGCUCAAGCAGUGGAAAUUUGCAUGGUCUAAAUGCCAGGAGACCAAGCUGGUUUUUGAAAAGAAACUCGAAGCAGCCUUGAGAACAAGGAAGUCCCUGCUGUCAGACUGCAACCCAGCUGUGGGGGAGCAGCCCCAGGCUGGCAGUGAGACUGGCACUCUGUCCCACCGGAGACACUCUGAGGGGGCCACCUCCAGGUCCCACUGGGACAGGACUCAGAGCACAUCUCAUGGCUACAACAGAACCAACAGCUGUCUGGAGUGGACUAGGGAGAAGGCUCCCUCGCCCUCCCUGAGCUGCCCUGGUGAUGUUGAUGCUGGGGAAGUAUUUGUCUGCCCAGCUGCUCUCAGCCCUGGUCCUCACUCAAGCAGAAUUUCUUUCGCCAGCAGGGCGUGUAAGUCUCCAACGUUGCCUGAAGAAAAGCCGAACCUGGAGAGCAUUUUAGAAACCCCAGAGGUGAAGCAGUCUUUUACAUCCACUCCAGUCCCUGGGAAGCUGCCUCCCAGGAGGGUCCUCCGGAAGGCCCAAAGCUUUGACCUGCCUUAUGGUGAGAGCCUGUGGUCCAGCUGCCAGAGGAGCGAGCCAGCCAGAUAUGGCAACACCGGAGUCUUCAUUAAGGGGCUGGAGGUGAGCAGCACUGAGCUGGUGGACAGGACGUUCGCUCUGCGGCAGCCAGCUGUGAGCAGCUGGGCUGCAGACUGCCUGCUGGAGGGACAGAGGGGCUGCCUCUCCGGGUCAGAAGCCAAGAGCUGGGGCAGCAAACUGCGGCACAUCAUCGAUGAGAUGGUAACCACGGAGCGGGAAUACGUGCGGUCGCUCCGCUACACCAUCGACAGCUACUUCCCUGAGAUGGAGCGCCUCGACCUGCCCCAGGACCUGCGUGGGAAGCGCAGCGUCAUUUUUGGGAACCUGGAGAAACUCUAUGACUUCCACAGCCAAUACUUCCUUCGAGAGCUUGAGAGCUGCUGCAACCACCCACUGAGGGUCAGCCACUGCUUCCUGCGACAUAAAGACCAGUUUGGAAUGUAUGCACUGUAUAGCAAGAACAAGCCGAAGUCAGACUCGCUGCUGGCCAGCCAUGGGAAUACCUUCUUCAAGUUCAAGCAGGUGCAGCUGGGGGAUAAGAUGGACCUGGCCUCCUACCUGCUGAAACCCAUUCAGCGGAUGAGCAAAUAUGCCCUGCUUCUGAAGGACCUGAUCAAGGAGUGCAGCGAGGCACAAGAGCAGGAGCUGGGCUAUCUCCGUGCUGCUGAGGAGAUGGUGAAGUUUCAGCUCCGGCAUGGAAAUGACCUGCUGGCUAUGGAUGCCAUCCGUGACUGUGACGUAAACCUGAAGGAACAGGGGCAGCUGGUGCGGCAGGACGAGUUCACCAUCUGGCUGGGCCGCAGGAAGUGCCAGCGACACGUCUUCCUCUUUGAGGACCUCAUCCUCUUCAGCAAGCCCAAGAGGAUCGAGGGUGGCUUUGAUGUGUAUAUCUACAAGCGCUCCUUCAAGACUGCAGACAUUGGUCUCACGGAGAACUGUGGAGACAGCGGCCUGCGCUUUGAGAUCUGGUUCCGAAGGCGGAAGUCCAGUGACACCUACAUCCUCCAGGCCAGCUCAGCUGAGACUAAGCAGGCCUGGACCAGUGACAUUGCCAAAAUCCUGUGGCAGCAGGCAGCCCGCAAUAAAGGUGUGAUUCCUUCCUGGAAUUCCUUCUGUGCCGCAAAAGAAAUCCGUAUGCAGGAGAUGGUCUCCAUGGGUGUGGGUAACAAGCCAUUCCUAGAUAUCAAACCCAGUGAGGCAGCUAUUAAUGACCGUGCUAUCGAUUACAUCAUGAAAGGCAGAGGUGCCAGGACCAGAGCCUCAAUUGCAGUGUCUCUGUUUGACCAUUCCAACCCCUUCAAGAGAACACAGACGCAGCUCUCCACCGGCAGCACCCCCACUGCCUAUUCCCCUUCCUCCUCCUCCCUUCUGGGGCCCCUCAACCUCCACAUGUACCUGGACCAGGCUCUGCUGCCAGGAGUCCUGGCCCCCAGACGUCCCUUUGACAUCGGCACUUGCAUCGAGGAAGAUGAGCUGGAGCACGAGACGAGCAGCCAGCCCUCAAUGACAACAGAGAGCUCAGAGUCAUCGCACUGCAUGUCAGCCACUGGCUCCAGCGGCUCCGACAGUGGCUGUGUCUCCAACGUCCCACAAGAAAGCUUCUGUGAAGACAUGGGCUCGCCCCCUUACAUGCCUGUAGGCCCACAACACAGCUCUGCCAUGGAGGGCAGACCCAGGUUCACAAACAGCCAGUACAUUUCUGCAAAAGCAGGCCAGGUCACCAUAAGUCCCUCAAGAAUAGUGUGAGCCCCUCGGCCCCGCCUCAGGAAGUGGAGUUGUUGUUUGAUUGCCAUUUCAAACUCACUGAAGACCCCAGGCCUCUGACCAGCAGAAGGACACAGUCUUCAUCCUUGAAGAUGUUUUUUGUCCAUUAUCAGGCUCUUUCAAACAGCCCAAAACUUGACCUCUGCCUGAGGCGAAGUCCCAGGAAGGCUUCUGUCAACUAAAUGUAAUAACUUUGGUGUUGGAUGGGACCUUGGACAUUUAGAACUCGUUAGCCCUAUAUUUAUAAGUAAUAAGUAACAUAGUAGUUUGGGAAAAAAAAAAGUAUUAUUUUUAAAGCUAUGAGUUGUACAGAUUUUUAUUACAAGUGACUCUGUUACUAUUUGUUGUGUAAGCUGCACAUUUUAUAAAGUUUUUGGAAGGGCAUGAAGAGAAAUUGAGGUAUUUAAAAAAAGUAGUCUGACUUUCUGUUUCAGGGUUAUAGUGACCUGAAGCUCAAGAUUUAACGUCCUUCCAUAUGUUCUAAAUAUGUCUAUCGUAGCAAUAAUUUAUUUCCUUGGCUUAAUACUUCCAUUCUAAUAAAAGCAAUUUCAUUGUUAUGAAUUGUUUCUUCAGAUGGUUCUUCCAGUGCCUUGGUGCUGAGCUAUUCUCUCUCAUAACCAUCUGUCAGCUCUGCCACUCUGCCUGUGCCACCUCUGCUCGGACUGCCAGCUCCACCUGUAAAUCCUCAGUGCAUUCACCAGAGAAGGGGGAGAUGCCCAGGCAGAGACUCCCUUGAUGCCAGUGGGGAGACUGACCCGGAGAGGAGCUUUGGAGCAGCCAGUGGAGGUGUCAGUAGAAGUGAGGAAGAGGGAGCUGUCUGGUGGAGCUCUGGAGGCACCAAAGUUCCUGGCUCUUAUUUUAGCCACUUGCCCCCUGUAGCUGCUGUCCCAGUGCAAAUUUCUCUCUUGCCCUGCUGGCUCAGGUUCCAGUGGCUUAGUUCAGGCUCCAUUGUGCUUUGUCCUGGUUGUGCCCCUGGUUUUGGAUUGACAGUGCUCCUUGCUUCCUCUCUGACUCAGCCCCUCUUCUGGUACUUCAGUCCCACUGUUGUGGCUGUUUUGAGGAGCUUUGGAUGUGCUGGCAUUUGAGACCAACAGGUUUUGAGUGUAAUGGGUUGAUCAUAAUGCUGAACCUUAAGUGGACGUUGUUUGAAGUAACACAGCAUAACUGGAGAACAAACAAGCCCUGUGUUCCAAGGUGGCUUUUUCAUGAGUAACAUCCAAGGUCACUGUGUGGCUGUGACACCCUCCCUCUAUUCUUGGACAAAAUAAAAAUUAGCAUUUCUGGAAACAGUGGUUGCUUGGCUGCCAAGUUGCUGUUUAUUCCUGAUUUUAUGCAGGGCUGUAAAUCAGGCUCCUGCAGGUGUGAGAGGAGUGCUACAUCUGGCCUGAGGAAGCCGAUGGAGUAGGAAUUUAUUUAACUGCAAUUUUCUCCCCUUGGCAGACAUGGGUGUUACACCCCACAGCCGCCCUGGAGACAGUGUUCCUUCAAGUUUGAAAAUUCCUGUACUGUAUGUAAAACACUUAUUUUAAUAAGCUGGAUGUUUUUAAACCUUGUUCUUUUUUCAGACAGCAAGGAAAAUACGUUUGACACCUUUGUACAAAAUUGCGUGGGAAACAGUUAUACAGGGAAUAUUUUACAAGUUACUAUUUUGAGAUAAUUGCUGGGUUAAUGCAAGGUUUCUGGACUGACAAGACAGCAAUAGCUCAUGUCACAAGAGGGAGAGAAGUUACUAAUGCAACAAGAGGAACAUGAAACGUCUGGAAUUUCUCAGUUUCAAAGGUUUCUAAAUUGCUGGACAAACCUUUAGUAUUGUUUACCUGACACUCUUUCUUCAGGGUUUGAUUGAUUUGUCUAAUAAAGGUUAUUUUCUUUAUAUGAA